CUAUACAACCAACCUUAUUGGGGGGGGGUCACCCUUAUAUCUCCAACCUUAUUGUGGGGUCGCGCCCCCCCCCUCCUGUUCCCGGUACACUGACUCAUCCCACCCCUCCCCUCCUCGCCCCUUUUGCUGACGCCAUCACCCCGCCCCUUCGUGACGUCAUCACCCCGCCCCGCUGAGCUCAUGGCCGCGCCUCGCUCCCACUUCCGGCCACGCCCCCCAACCUCGCCGUCGUGACGUCACGCGGGGCGCGCCUAUAAAAGCCCCGAGACGCGACGCCACCGGCAGCGUCGUCCUUCCGCUUCCAGCUCCGUGAUGGCCGCCGCUACAGCCGGGCCGGCACCGGAACCGCUGCACCAGGCCCCGUUGUACCGUCAGCCGCCCCGUGAUCCAUCACCGGAGCCCCCUCGUCCUCCUCGUUCCCCAUGGGGGGAGGAUCCGCCGCCGUUACCGGACAUAGGCCGCCUCUUACGCUCUCUCAGCGCUCCCACCGGCCGCUCCGUGCCCCCCCCGCCCGGUUUCUCCCCUCGGCUCCUCGGUGCCCCCCCCGGUUUGGCCCGUUCACACCCACCGGACACAACGUUGUUGGCAUUGGCGGCUCUAACGUUGGGCUCGGACCCUCCCGGGACCCUCCCGGUGCCGUUCCCGUCUCCUCUUUCCUCCCUCGUCUUCCACCCGACGUCACCGGAGACAUCCCGGUUAUCACCGGAGACCUCCCGUUUAUCACCAUCGUUAUCACCGUCGUUAUCACCUCCUCAAUCCCCGCUCUGCUUCUCCUUAUCGCCUCCAUCGUCGCCUCCGUCCCCGCUUUAUAAGACCGAACUGUGCCGCCCGUUCACCGCUACCGGCCGUUGCCGUUACGGAGCCCGGUGUCAGUUCGCUCACGGUACCGAGGAGCUCCGUGGGCUCCGUCGCCACCCGAAAUACCGCACUCAGCCUUGUAGCACCUUCCAACGUUGCGGCUCGUGCCCUUACGGAUCCCGUUGUCAUUUCCUUCACGGGCCGGUACCGGCGGAAGGAAACACGGUGACACCGGGCAGCCCCCAUCGCCUCCCGGUGUUUGACCGGAUCUCGGUGUCGGAGUGAAGGGGGGGGGGGGCUCUGCCUUAAGAGGAAGGACCCCCCCCCUUCGUUCCUUCCUUCCUCCAUUA